AUGGCUGAGGUUUUGACCAAGGCGAGUUUGGUUUCUUCCUGGCAUGUUAGUAGUCAACGCCACCAUAGAAGAGUAUCGACGGUUUCCAAUUCUUCUAGUUUCAUUUCUGGCGUCGGAAGUUUCCCUUCUCUCAAGUUAAAGUCUCAUGUUCUCAGAUCUUGGUCCCCUUCUUCUGGGUUUCAGGGUAAAAGGCUCGUCUUUCAUGUCAAUAGAGGAAUACCCAACAGGGCCAGUUCGCGGUUGAGAGCUUCAACUGCGGCUCAGAUGACCCUUCGAAUAGGGAAAGUUCAGAAAUGGUGGGAAAAGGGGCUUCAACCCAACAUGAAAGAGGUGACUUCGGCCCAAGAUCUUGUAGAGUCACUGUUAAACGCAGGGGACAAUUUGGUGGUGGUUGAUUUCUUUUCUCCUGGUUGUGGUGGCUGCAAAGCCCUUCACCCUAAGAUAUGUCAACUGGCAGAGAUGAAUCCUGAUGUUCAAUUCCUUCAGGUGAACUUUGAGGAGCAUAAGUCCAUGUGUUAUAGCCUCAAUGUCCACGUUCUUCCCUUCUUCCGCUUUUACAGGGGUGCUCAUGGUCGAUUAUGUAGCUUUAGCUGCACCAAUGCCACGAUCAAGAAGUUUAAAGAUGCAUUGGCCAAACACACCACAGAUAGAUGCAGUUUGGGCCCAACCAAAGGGUUAGAGGAGAAAGAGCUCCUAGCUCUUGCUGCCAACAAAGAUCUUUCCUUCACCUACUUGCCAAAACCUUUACCACCUGCACACGAAAAUGAGGAGUUGGCAACUACUCCUGAACUUAGUCCAGAAUCUCUUCCUUUACCUUCAUUGACCCUCAAUUCUGAGAAUCUCCGCGUCCUCUGGGCAAGCAAGCGAGUCCAGAAAGAAACCCUCAAAGAGCAAUUGGCUAUUCAUAAUUGGCCCACCACUCUGGGAUUGGGUGAAGUGAGAACUGGAAUCAAUGGGUGUUGGUUGACUGUUGGAGAGUUAGAAUCACAGAUUGAUAACUUUGAAGCAGAGCUUGAAGGGCUUUCUGUUAAGAAAAGAAAGAGCAGGCCACCCAAAUUGGAGGAUUUUGAUGAUUUCAAUGACGUUGAUGAACUAUACAGUUCAUUACCUUUAGACAAGGUGGAGACACCAGAAGAUCUUGUUACAAUUCCCACUGGUAUUUCUAAGGUAAAGAGGAGAGAAAGCGGCACAUUACAUUUCAUGGCUUUCGAUUCUUCCCCUCACUUUGCGGUACAGGACACAGACUCAAAGCCCUGUGGCGCGGAAUCAGCAGAAGGGGUGACCCUUUUGAUUAAGCACCUACUAGAAGCCAUUCCUCAUGACACCCUUUAUCGAACCUUCGCCAAUUUCGGCGCUUUCUCAGUGCGCCCUUGCUCUAGUGCCAGGAGUAUACCCGAAACUAUAAUAGUGGUUGUUCUUCCGAAGGAUGUGAUGACAAUUCUUCAGAAAGGAUUUUUGAUUGCAAUAGUUUUAGCAGUUAUGGCAUAUGGUUGA